AUGCUGCACAGGCUGCGUCUCCCCCUAGAUUCGGUUCUUCAAGGCCCAAUAAGCGCACGGAAGACCCUCUCGGAAUGGAAGACGCAGAAGGAAGAUUUCGAAACACUGCUGAACCGGGCCCACAGCUUGAACCAUGAUGUAGUGGACAGAGCUCACGAUUUGCUUCGUAGCCUAUGGCCAGGCUACACCACCGGAGAAAUGGUCACAGUGGCUGAGGCCUAUGAAGUCGCCAAAGAAGUAUAUCGCCGAAAAAUCGGGAGGAUGUACUUCUUCGACAAGAGUGGUAAGAAGCUGGAUGGGAGCCCCAGCUACAAUGAUGUAUGCGGGAGGGUGCUGAACAUCCUCUACGACGAGGGCCACCAGCACUUUAAGCCCCUGUACCGAACCCCGCGCCACCUGGAGUGGAUCCGGACGGACGCAUACGGCAACCCCGAGGUGUUCAGGCUAGAUGAGCAGUGCUAUGCCUGCGGAGUCUUCCACAACAGAAGCAUGCAUAAGGAAUGCGAACUGAGGUGCCUGAGGUGCCAGAAGCCGGGCAAGACAUGCCCCAGCGUAUUGCCGGACCCGAUCCACUGCCCAGACUGCGACGUCGACUUCAGGAAUGACGCAUGCUAUCGCGAACAUCGACCUAGAGUGUGCGGAAAACGAUUUUACUGCAAAAAGUGCAGGUUCUACUACACCAGGACAGUGGACGGGAAGAAGGGUCACAUCUGCACGAGGCGAUACUGCCAGACCUGCCGAUCGAUGCAACCUGAGAAGCACGCGUGUAUAUUCUCGGCAGCGUUCGACAAGCCGCUCUAUAGAUGGAAAACACAAAUAUUCACGUUCAUCUUCCUCGACUUUGAGACGGAGGUGGUUCGGUAUGAAGGUGGAAGGCUGAUUGAUGUCCCCCACGAGGCAACACACUGUGUCAUCAAGCAGGUCUGCGAAGAGUGCUGCCACGAUGAUUACUGGGCUGCCGAAUCGGUGCUUGGAGGCCCGCUAGAGCGCCACGAUAGGCCUCCAACCGAUCUCCCAGAUGAGCCCGACAACCCGCCAGGGCAAGAGCACCGCAGCCGAAAACUCCGGGACCGUGUGAUCGUCAAAAAGCCUUCCGGUCAGUGCAGAGGGAAAUGCGCUGAAAAAAGGUUCUCCAAUUGGACCGAUCAGCAAGGCUGGUGUCAUGGGAAGGUGGUCGACGACGUUGUCGACUACCUCCUCUUCGAUAACCACGACCGCAAGGUGCCAAAGACGGUAAUGGCGCAUAAUGGCGGAGGCUAUGAUUGGAUCCUCCUCCUGAAGGCACUAAUGGCAAGGCAGAUCCCCUAUAAACCCUCGAUGCAAGGCUCAAGAAUUGUGCAAAUGAAGAUUGAGGGCAAGAAGAAGGAUGCACAGCCGCAGGGACAGACAUUGGCACCACAUGAGCGCAAGCGCAACAAGCUCGUCUUUGUUGAUUCAUAUCGGUACAUACCAAUCGGGCUGGGCAAGUUUGGAGCAGUCUUCAGUCUCCAGGAAGAGAAGGGCAUUUUCCCCGUCUUCGCCAACUGCGACUACUGGAGAGUGCCGAUGGGACGUCAGACGGGAUGGCCCGGUCGUGAAUGGUUCGGCAAGGCUCGAUCUGAGGAAGAGGCCCGAAAGAUUGAUGCGUUCUUGGCGGAGAAGGAAGGGGGAGCCCUUCGAUUUGGAAACCGAGCUCUGGAAGUAUUG